ACCUAACCCUUCCCCAACAAAGCCCCUCCAGCACUAAAGCUGUCAGUGUGCAUAGCUCUGUGUGCCUAUGUUCUGUGUCCUCAGCACCUGGAUAGGCCUAGAUGCCUCUGACACAGUAUGGACCAUCUCAGACACAGGUUGGAUAGUGAACAUUUUAGCCUCAUUUCUGGAGCCCUGGACUUUGGGAGCAUGCAUAUUUGUCCAUCUUUUGCCAAAGUUUGAUCCACAAAUUGUUCUAAAGGUGCUGUCCAGCUACCCCAUCAACAGCAUGGUGGGUGCCCCCCUCAUUUACCGGGUGUUGCUACAACAGGAUCUUUCCAGUUACAAGUUCCCACAUCUGCAUAGCUGCUUCAGUGGAGGGGAAAGCCUUCUCCCAGAGACUCUGGAGAAGUGGAAAGCUAUGACAGGACUGGACAUCCGAGAAUUCUAUGGCCAGACAGAAAUGGGACUUACCUGCAGAGUUUCCAAGACAAUGACAGUCAAACCUGGCUACCUGGGGACAGCCAUUCCACAUUAUGAUGUACAGGUCAUAGAUGAGCAUGGCAAUGUCUUGCCCCCUGGCAAGGAAGGAGACAUAGCCAUCAGGGUGAAGCCCAUCCGGCCUGUAGGCAUCUUCUCUGGAUAUGUGGACAAUCCCAAGAAGACACAGGCCAAUAUUAGAGGAGACUUUUGGCUUCUGGGAGACUGGGGGAUCAAGGAUCCAGAAGGGUAUUUCCACUUCAUGGGACGGACAGAUGACAUCAUUAAUUCCAGUGGGUACCGAAUUGGACCAUCAGAGGUGGUAAAUGCAUUGAUGGAGCACCCUGCUGUGGUUGAAACAGCUGUGAUCAGCAGCCCAGACCAUAACCGAGGAGAGGUGGUGAAGGCAUUUGUGGUCCUAGCUCCUGAGUUCCUGUCUCAUGACCGAGAUCAGCUCACCAAGUUGCUUCAGCAGCAUGUGAAUUCAGUAACAGCACCCUACAUGUACCCCAGGAAGGUGGAGUUUGUUUCAGACCUGCCCAAGACCAUCACAGGAAAAAUUGAGCGAGCAAAGCUUCGGUCCAAGGAAUGGAAAACAUCAGGACAAGCCCAGGCCCAGUGAGACCCCCUCAGGCUCUAACUGGGGAGUCUGUCUUCCCUAUUCCUUUCCUGGGACUUCUUGGUCUUCCUAUAAAGACAUAAAGUCAUUCCUGCAGAGGCAUGUA